AGCUGUUUUAAAUUAGUUGUUGAUGCAGCUGAUUAACACUUUAUAAAGAAGUACAUUGCGUGGCAGCGCUAGACUGGACCAAUUGGCGAGAUUCGCGAAUAGCAGCGACGCCAUAGCGGGCUGGAUAUGUGGGUUUGUUUACAAAAAUAGUGCCGCGAGCUUCGCUGGCGUAGGGAUGUGUCUCAAAUGUGGUCGUCACUCCCUGUGUAGGUGCCCUCGACCUGUUGGCUUGAAUGUGAUUUGUAGUGCGCUACAUAGUAAAGUGAGCGCUAUUUGGGACAGAACCGGGCUAGUCAAUAAAAGCGACGGUCGCGGCUGUGGUUAGACGGCAGUGUUGAGUGAAUUAGCGAAUCAGUUCUUAAAUCUGUGUUGUUUUGGGUUUUUACUCCGAAAUAAAAACUCAGAACAUGCUCUUUGUUUAUUUAUUUGUAAUUGUUUCUGUUAUCCAGCUCGAAAGCUAAGCUAGCCUGUUGUCUACGUCAGCUGCAAAGCCUUUUCUAGAUCUUUCUCGGCUUAUAGAUCAGGCAGUGUUCGGUUCUGCUUUCUACCUGUUUUUUAAAACAAAAGUGUGAUCUUGAUGCAUUGAUGAAUCUCGGUAUGUGUGACGGUCUCAGGGAAGGAGUCUGGUGGGGAGGCUGGUUGCAGCAGAGCUUCCAGUCCAUCAAAGACAGAUCAUCCGAAGCGCUCGAGUUCAUCAAACGGGAUUUGACAGAGUUCUCCACAGUGGUGCAGCAUGACACUGCCUGCUCCAUCGUCGCCACGGCCAACGCCGUCAAGAGCAAGCUGGCCGUGGAAGGUUCUUCCGAGACCACGGAGAAGGUAAAGAAGAGCCUUUCUAACAUUCUGGGGGUGAUUACAGACACGCUCGCUCCUCCGCCGGAUAAAACCAUCGACUGUGAUGUAAUCACGCUGGUGGCCACGCCGGCCGGAACCACCGAGGUGUACGACAGCACCAAGGCUCGACUCUACACUCUGCAAGCCGACCCUGCUACAUACUGCAACGAACCCGACGGUCCGCUGGAGCAGUUCGACUCCUGGCUCUCCACGUUCAGCCUUGAGGAGAAGAAAGCUGAAAUCUCUGAGUUGCUGGUGAACAGUCCGUCUAUUCGAGCCCUCUACACUAAAAUGGUUCCAGCGGCCGUGGCUCACUCAGAGUUUUGGCAGCGCUACUUUUACAAAGUAUAUCAGUUGGAUCAGGAGGAAGCCAGGAGAGUGGCACUGAAGCGGCGAGCAGAGGAAACCGCUCAGUCUGAGAGUCUGGGGUGGGAGGAGGAAGAGGAAGAUGAGUUCCUUGGAGCCUCGUCUCCGUCUCGUUUGGACUUCGCUCCUCCCCCUGUAGCAGCAGAGACGGGCGGCUCCUCGUCCUGCUCUGAGGUGCCACGUUCCCUUGGCGACGGCACGUCCGACGUCACUCCGUCGGUCAGCAGCGACAGCGUGAGUCUCCCGACACAGCUGGAGAACCUUCCGGUCAGCUGCCCAGACGCACCGGCCCAGGGCGAGAAGCAGAAGAGCGCAGAGGGAGCCGGAGCGAAGGUGGAGGGAGGAAAGGAGGAGGGAACUCGAACGGACGGAGCGAGGGAUCAGGAAACAAGGAAAGAGGAGGGAGUGCAAGACCUGCGAGUGUUUGAACUCAACUCUGACAGCGGCAAGUCCACGCCAUCCACCAACGGCAAGAAAGGUUCCAGUACUGACGUGAGUGAGGACUGGGAGAAAGACUUUGACCUGGAUAUGACCGAGGAAGAGGUUCAGAUAGCUUUGGCUAAAGCUGAUGCCACUGCAGAGUUUGAUGACGAGGACUGGGAGAACUGGGACUGAAGAGCCGGAGACUGACACCGAUGUGAGAACUUCACCGUUUUUCCCAAACAAUCCCCUGCGAUUUAAACGUCUCGAAGUCCACACCCACACGUUCGCAUUCAGCCAAUGGGAGCAAGACGCUGGCCUCGCUUCAGAGGCUUCACUUCAGAGCUGAAUUCAUUCACCUUCCAACAAGCCGCUGUUUUUUGUUUUUGAUUUGUUUUUUUUCAGGGGAAGAAUUGGCUUUAGAGCAGAAGUGAUAGCGACACGUCCAGGUUUAAAACGUGAACACGUGUCUAAAAAAAUAAAAAAUCAUCCCAGAGAUUGAGGUAUUGAUGUCGAUGGUAUGGAUGAUGACACCUGAGCUUACAGUAUGUCAUUCGUUCUGUUUUUCCGAUAAAAGCGGGAAAACACUGAUAUAUAUGUAUAUAUCAGCUUCCGGGGCUUUGUCCAGUCAGUAGCUGUACUCUUGACCACGCUACUCGUUCUGUUUAUAGGAUUAGAAUCGAAUCCUGACGUGUAAUUUAUGUACUUUUUCCGUUUCUGUGUUUCUUUCUUCAGUAUGUUGUCAUCUUGUCUUUUUUUCUUCUUUCCUCUUUGUCUACGAAGUACUAACUUCUCUAAUCUUAUGCAAGUGAUAUGAAUUAGCAUAAAGUAUGUUCUACCUUUCUCCUUUUUUUUCUUCUAGACGACUGUUGCACUUUGGUUUCACGAAUUCGAUACGCUACGUGACUCUGUUCAGUGUUGUGUGGAAUGUGGGGGGGGUAUCUGUCAUUCGUCACAAUGUUGAAACUGUUCAUAUUUGACUAAAGACAAACAGAUGAAAA